UUUGCUGCAACAGGGUGGACCGUGUAGUUUAUGUGGGGCACACUUUAGUGGUAUUCUCAUGGAUUAUGUACACAAGCCGCCGACAAGCAGGACUGCGACUUUACUUUUACCUUUCAUGUAACCUUAAUUUGAAUUGUUUAACGUUUUAUUCAUAGUGGAUGAGGUUGUACGAUGUCAAAAACAACUAGUCGUCAAUAAAAACCAAACUUCUUGUAUAACUUGCCAUCAUGGUGAACCAGGUUCAGCGAGGGGACGGUACUUGUCAGUCAUGCAAGAGCGACUCCAGCGGGGCCAGCAACAGCGGCGGGGAGAGCUCCAAGGAGAGCUCCCGGUGUUCUACGCCGGUGCUGGAUUCAGACCGGUCGGACAGGCUGCGGGACAAGAUGCGGAGGAGGAUGGAGUCCGGAGACCACUGGUUCUCGCUGGAAUUCUUUCCUCCCCGGACAGCCAGUGGAGCUGUCAAUCUCAUCUCAAGAUUUGACCGCAUGGGCUCCGGGGGACCCCUGUUCAUUGACAUUACCUGGCAUCCAGCAGGGGAUCCAGGCUCAGACAAGGAAACCUCAUCCAUGAUGAUUGCCAGCACAGCUGUCAACUACUGUGGCCUAGAGAGCAUCCUCCACCUGACCUGCUGCAACCAGACUAAAGAGAAGAUUACUGGCUAUCUGGCCAAAGCAAAACACCUAGGCCUCAAAAACAUCAUGGCACUUAGAGGAGAUCCAGUGGGAGCAGACUGGGAGGAAGAGGAGGGAGGCUUCAACUAUGCCACUGAUCUUGUUAAACACAUCCGAUCAGAGUUUGAUGACUACUUUGACAUCUGUGUUGCUGGCUACCCCACAGGCCAUCCUGAGGCAGAGAGCUAUGAGGAGGAUCUCAGACAUCUAAAGGAGAAGGUGGAUGCUGGAGCAGACUUUGUCAUCUCCCAGCUGUUCUUCAGGGCAGACACUUUCCUCAAGUUUCUAGAUGACUGCAGACAAAUUGGUAUCACGUGUCCCAUCCUACCUGGAAUCUUCCCCAUUCAGGGUUACCAGUCCCUGCGUCAGCUUGUCAAGCUGUCAAAGCUUGAGGUACCAGAGGAGAUCACCAAAGUCAUUGAGCCCAUCAAAGACAACGAUGCUGCUAUCCGUAACUAUGGAAUCCAACAGGCAGUAGAGAUGUGCCGUGUGCUGCUGGACAGUGGCAAAGUACCAGGCCUCCACUUCUACACACUGAAUCGAGAGGUUGCCACCAUGGAGGUGCUCCGACAGCUGGGCCUGUGGAUAGAAGACCCCAGACGGCCUCUUCCCUGGGCAGUAAGUGCCCAUCCCAAACGGAAGGUAGAGGAUGUGCGACCCAUCUUCUGGGCUUCCAGACCCAAGAGCUACAUCUACAGAACCCAGGACUGGGACGAGUUCCCCAAUGGCAGAUGGGGAAACUCCUCAUCUCCAGCUUUUGGCGAGUUAAAUGACUACUACCUGUUCUACUUGAAGAGCAAGUCAUCCAAAGAUGCACUGCUGAAGAUGUGGGGUGAGGAGCUGAUGAAUGAAGUGAGCGUCUUUGAGGUCUUCACCUGCUACAUCACAGCCCAGCCAAACCGUAGUGGACACAAGGUGAUGUGUUUGCCGUGGAACGAUGAGCCUCUGGCCUCAGAGACCAACCUGCUGAAAGAUGAGCUGGAGAAGGUGAACAGACGAGGAGUCCUCACCAUCAACUCCCAACCUAACAUCAACGGCAAACCCUCAACAGACCCUGUAGUAGGCUGGGGACCUGCAGGAGGCUAUGUCUUUCAGAAGGCCUACCUGGAGUUCUUCACUUCUAGUGAAAAUGUAACCGCGCUCCUCAAAGUACUGAAGAAGUAUGAGCCCCGUGUCAACUACCACAUUGUUAAUGUGCACGGCCGUAACCUGACCAAUGCCCCUGACUUGCAACCUAACGCUGUGACAUGGGGGAUCUUCCCUGGCAGGGAGAUUGUUCAACCCACCGUAGUGGACCCAGUGAGCUUUAUGUAUUGGAAGGACGAGGCCUUUGCCCUGUGGAUCGAGCAGUGGGCCAAACUCUACGAAGACGAGUCUCCUUCACGGAUGAUUAUCAAAUAUAUCCACGACAACUACUUUCUGGUCAAUCUGGUGGACAACGACUUUCCUCUGGAGAACUGUCUGUGGCAAGUCAUUGAUGAUAUGUUUGAGCUGCUCGAUGCUCCUCCAGAUUCACUCAACGACGGAACAGUCUCUGAAUAAAAUCAAUCAUGUCAAACAACUUUUUUACAGAAAGUAAGAACACUAUGGAACUGUCAAUAUUUUAUGCAUUGUCUAGAAAAGCUGCUAUUUACAACACAGAGCCUUAAGUAAAAUGUACUUCACAGUAUUUUUAAAGACUUUUUAUAAAUGUUUUUAACAUUUGAGUGAACCUAAAUAUGGUGGAAAAUGAAACUGUAUUUUAUCACCUGAACAAAAUCCAGAGGUUCAUACAGUAGAGCAGCUUUAUCCUCUGCAGAUCUCCCAGCUAAUAAACUACACAUGCUAAGUCACCUGAUGGUCGCCCUCAUGGAUAGAUCUCACUGAACAACAAAUGAGAAACAAAACUCACACGGAGUGAAUUGCAAACAUGCUAUAUAGUUUUUACACUUUUUUUGACAUCUAUUUUCAUAGAGGAAAAUACAUCAGGUGGUAUGUUUGAAUUAAAUGUUUUUAAAUGAUUUUUAAUGAUAUAUACUGUCAUUGGUGAAAAGUAGUAUAGAGAUGUGUGUGGGUGAAAGUCUUUUUUUUAAUCACGUUCAUGUUGUAACGGGAGAGUUAGACAGUCAGAUGUAGAUGACAGUUCAACUGCUGCUGUAACUGCUGCUGAAUUUGACAUAUUUAUUUGUUCUGUCUGCUUUCUAAAGCUCAAUAAAAUGUUCAAUACUGUACAACAA